CAGGCGGAGAGAGAGAGAGGUCGCUGCGCCCCGACUGACUGCGGAACACCGAAGAGAAACGCUCUUAUGGACUUUUAAACGAGGACUUUUGAGAAGUUUCAUCCGCGCGUUUUUAUUGACGCUUUUCAUCAUUUAUUUACAUGAUUGUGUCGUGGCAUACCGGAUCCGUUGUAACGAGCGCUAUGGGAAUAUACGGUGUACAUUGAAAGGGUUGGUUCGGUUAGAACAUACCUGUGUUGACAUCGAUCUUCACUCCGCAUGCUGUUUGUUCCACCGGGUAGUUUAAACUGCAUAUCGAGCGGGCUCUGUUUCCACCUCUGUUCAUUGGGGCUACAGCCAUACUGGAAACGAGGUCAGAGAUACCCACCCCAGGUGAGUGAUCUGUUGGGAUGCACUGAGAGCAGCGAGGUCACCUGGGACACACCUGACAUGGAGGUCAAGGGUCGUCUCAUCUCAGUACCUGACCUGCUGGGUGGCAGUCCGGCGGUUGUUGAAAGGAUGACAGAACUACAGGAGAGAAGACGCAGCCUCGAGACUCUACUGAAUAGCAGACUGGCUGAGCUACGGAGAGUCUGUCUGCAGGAGGCGGAGUUGACAGGAGAGCUUCCUGGUGAUUUCCCCCUGGAGGCUGGGGAGAGACGCCCCAACGUACGCCGAAGGGCCGGAUCCUACCGCCACGGACCCAAGACUAUUGUAAAGACAGAGGAGGAGGUGUGUCAGAGGAAGCCGAAGAAGGCGCUGUUCAGCGGUGCCCUGAGACGCCGUGUCGACUCUGAUCAGCACCCGGCGCACAGCAAGAGGACCGUGCACAGAGGGUGUCACACGGAUGACACGGUGAACUCCGAGAGCAGCUCCACGUCUGAUUCUACAGGGGACCAUGACAACGAUGAGUCUUCGGGUGUGGCCCCUGACUCUCUGUCCCCGUCUCGGCCCCGGCUGGCCCCUGGUAAUGGUAAUGGGAGCAGCAGUAGUCCAGACAGCAGGCUGUGUAGGAAGCUUUCUCCUGUUGAGAUCUAUUAUGCGAUGAGGACCACCACGCAACCCAACUCACUGGCCCUGUCCGCCAGAAGCAAUAUGGAGGGGAGGAGUGUACCUACCACACCCCUCCUCGCUCGGAACGGACCAACAGGUGUCCACAACCACAUCAGGUCAGCUAUAUCCACAGUGACUACUACCAAGCAGUGGUCAGACAAUCCAGAGGUGACCCAGGUGGUUCCUCAUCAGUCUCAGGUCAGCGGCCACUCCCCUGGCCCCUCCUCUGGCCCCCCGUCAGGGUCCUAUGAGCAGGGAGGAGGAGGGGGAGGCGGAGUUUACAGUGAUAUCCUGAUGGACUAUGUAUGGGGGAAGCAGCAGCAGCAGAGACAGGUCCAACAGGUCCAUGGCAAUGGAAAGUUCCCUUCCUCCGUUCCUGUACCUCCUCCUUCUCACUUCAACGGCUACCCCCACCCCCAGGGACAUCUCCCAGGGCCCCAGCACGUCUCUGGGGGCCCACCAGCCUACUCCAGCCCCCUGAUGCUCCGGGGGAAACUUGGAGAGCCACGCCGGGUCAAGGUAACCCGUACCAAGUCCUGUGGUCCAUUCAUCCCUCUCCAGCACCACCAGAAUGAGGUACUCCACUUCUCCUCUUACACCUCCACCUCUUCUGACCCUCCUCUUCCUCCCACCUCCUCCUCCUCCUCGACCGGGACCUCCACAGCUGCCCUGUACCCCCACCAGGGGUCUGGGGUUGAGUCCCAAAAGCACCAGCAUGGGUCUGGAUCGGGACCCGGUCUCAAUCUCAACCUCAACCACAACCACCAGCUCGGACCACCCCAGUACUCUGACUCCGUCACCCCGGACGACCCCAUCCGCAGCCUGCACAAGGCCCUGGCUCUGGAGGGCCUGAGGGACUGGUACCUGAGGAACAGCCUGGGUGGAGUGGCGGUGGGGGGGAAGGUACAGGGGCAGGACAACAGGGGGUCCCCCAGGAGGCGGACCACAAACUCCCUGCACGGGUCACACCCUCAGCAUCUCCCACACCAGCCCCAGAUCUACCAGGGAGACCGAGACAGAGACUACCCUCCCUGCCACCUGCCACAGUCCCAGACCUUCCACGGGCAUCCACUACAUGGCAGGUCUCUGUAUCAGGAGUCCUUCCCAUCCCAGAUGCAGGAGCUGACCCUGAAAGAACCAGGCACUGACAGAGGUGACCUGCCUACCCCGGGUACACUGGUCUAACAACAACAACAACAACAACAACAACAACAACAACAACAACAGAGGUGAUCUGCCUACCCCGGGUACACUGGUCUAACAACAACAACAACAACAACAAACAGAGGUGAUCUGCCUACCCCGGGUACACUGGUCUAACAACAACAACAACAACAACAACAAACAGAGGUGACCUGCCUACCCCGGGUACACUGGUCUAACAACAACAACAACAACAACAACAACAACAACAACAACAACAUAGGUGAUCUGCCUACCCCGGGUACACUGGUCUAACAACAACAACAACAACAACAGAGGUGACCUGCCUACCCCGGGUACACUAGUCUAACAACAACAACAACAACAACAACAACAACAACAAACAGAGGUGAUCUGCCUACCCCGGGUACACUGGUCUAACAACAACAACAACAACAACAAACAGAGGUGACCUGCCUACCCCGGGUACACUGGUCUAACAACAACAACAACAACAACAAACAGAGGUGAUCUGCCUACCCCGGGUACACUGGUCUAACAACAACAACAACAACAACAACAACAACAACAACAACAAACAGAGGUGACCUGCCUACCCCGGGUACACUGGUCUAACAACAGCAACAACAGAGGUGACCUGCCUACCCCGGGUACACUGGUCUAACAACAACAACAACAACAACAAACAGAGUUGACCUGCCUACCCCGGGUACACUGGUCUAACAACAACAACAACAACAAACAGAGGUGACCUGCCUACCCCGGGUACACUAGUCUAACAACAACAACAACAACAACAACAACAACAACAACAACAACAAACAGAGGUGAUCUGCCUACCCCGGGUACACUGGUCUAACAACAACAACAACAACAACAAACAGAGGUGAUCUGCCUACCCCGGGUACACUGGUCUAACAACAACAACAACAACAAACAGAGGUGAUCUGCCUACCCCGGGUACACUGGUCUAACAACAACAACAACAACAACAACAACAACAACAAACAGAGGUGACCUGCCUACCCCGGGUACACUGGUCUAACAACAGCAACAACAGAGGUGACCUGCCUACCCCGGGUACACUGGUCUAACAACAACAACAACAACAACAACAAACAGAGUUGACCUGCCUACCCCGGGUACACUGGUCUAACAACAACAACAACAACAAACAGAGGUGAUCUGCCUACCCCGGGUACACUGGUCUAACAACAACAACAACAACAAACAGAGGUGAUCUGCCUACCCCGGGUACACUGGUCUCACAACAACAACAACAACAACAACAACAACAACAACAACAAACAGAGGUGACCUGCCUACCCCGGGUACACUGGUCUAACAACAGCAACAACAGAGGUGACCUGCCUACCCCGGGUACACUGGUCUAACAACAACAACAACAACAACAACAAACAGAGUUGACCUGCCUACCCCGGGUACACUGGUCUAACAACAACAACAACAACAAACAAACAGACAGACAUGUUACUGACUGAAUGAUACACAGUCAUAUUGUAGAGCAACUUCAUGGACCUGCAUACAAAAAAGGAAAAUAUGAAGGACAUUUAUUUACACAAUAUUUUGUAUUUUUUUUCUGCACAUUUUUUUGUGGAGGGGGGGGGGAGAAUGAUAGAAGAAUGUGCCAUUCUUCUCGAACUCAAAAGAGAAGUUGUUGUUCCUCCUCCCCCCCCCUAAGGGAGCUUUUCUUCGCAGUGCAUCAUCAAAGUCGGAUCAUGCACUGCCUCUGAAGAUCAAUGACAAGGUGCUUGAAAGAGUCUAGCACUUCAAACAGUCUCUGGUAGACAUAUGGGCCAGCGGAACAUUGCUGUAGUUUAUACAACCGAUCCAGGUGAAGGACGUUGAACAAGGUCAUGGACAGUGUUACAGGUUCCUCAACUGUUACAGAAAUACUGAAUUUCUCUAAGUGAACCAUGUUCAUCAUCAUCAUCAUCGUCAUCCACAUACAAUUCCAGGUCGUUAGUAGGGACGACAAAUGGAUAAGUUCCACACACAUAACUAACCAAACAGAAAGCACACCCAUACGUUGUCACACAGACCCUACAGUACAACGAAUCAGGUUGGUUAGGGAAUGGGAAAGAGAUGUGUCUGUGUUAACUCCGAUACACUGAUCCGUCUCAGUCUACAGAGGGAUCUGCAGUCUAUAAUCACAUUUAUAUGACAGAUAGACAAAACGAGGGGAGGGGGGGGGGGAUUUUAUGUCAGCGAUGAGGUUUAGUCAGUUGUUUUGUCCACCAGAAACAAUAACAUAAUACCAGCUCCCUCUAGCACACUGCUCUCUCAAUAACACACAAUAACCUGGACUCAGGGGUAGACGUAACAUAGUGAAGGUAAAUCCAGGACACUCCAAUUAGUAUGACAUGUUAAGUUUCGUAUGAUAUGUAUACAUUUUUGAUGUCCGUCAUCCAUUUUGUAUGAUAUGUUACGAAUUGCAAUUCGUACAAUAGAUUACGAAUUUGCAAAGAAAAUUCCAAUUUGUUAUGGGUAACAUUAGCUGGGUGGCUAACGUUAAUCUAGGCUAGGGGUUAGGAGUUAAAGGGUUAAGGUUAGGUAAAGGGUUAGCUAACAUGCUAAGUAGUUGCUAAAAUGCUAAAACUUUCGGUUUGCUAGAUGUUCGUGUUAUACGCCCACCUAUCCACCCCGACCAACAACCCUACAUUCGAUUUUGCCUUAAAACCUCUACAGGAUCGUGUGUGUCCCCCGCGGGACAGUUGAGCUAACGUAGGCUAAUGCGAUUAGCAUGAGGUUGUAGGUAACAAGAAAAUUUCCCAGGACAUAGACAUAUCUGAUGUUGGCAGAAAGCUUAAUUUCUUGUUAAUCUAACUGCACUGUCCAAUUUACAGUAGCUAUUAGAGUGAAAUAAUACCAUGCUGUUGUUUGAGGAGAGUGCACAGUUAUGAAGAUUAAAAUGUAUUAAUAAACCAAUUAGGCACAUUUGGGCAGUCUUGAGACAACAUUUUGAAGAGAAAUGCAAUGGUUCAUUGAAUCAGUCUAAAACUUUGCACUGCUGCCAUCUAGUGGGCAACAUCUAAAUUAUGCCUAACCUGGAAUAAUACAUUAUGGCCUUUCUUUUGCAUUUCAAAGAUGGAACAAAACAAACGCAUGUUUUUUUCUUUGUAUUAUCUUUUAAAAGAUCUAAUGUGUUAUAUUCUCCUACAUUCCUUUCACAUUUCCACAAACUUUGAAGUGUUUCCUUUCAAAUGGUACCAAUAAUAUGCAUAUUCCUGCUUUAGGGCCUGAGCUACAGGCAGUUAGAUUCGGGUAUGUCAUCAGCCCGGAAAUUGAAAAAGAAGGGUCUGAUCCUUUUACUUUCUAUCUCAUGUAACCAUACCAAACAUUACAUAUCAUACUAAUUUGAGUGUCUCAGAUUUACAUUUACUAUAUUAUGUCUAGUCUAUGAGACCAGGCUGGACACAAUACCAGCUCUCACCGGUCCUUGUAGGAUGCUUCACAUCAUCAGGACGAACAACAGUCAUGUUAUAUCCCUUUGGCUCCAUUUCAAACACGAAGGGGUGUGUCGUUCCAGACUGCUGCUUGCACUAGUGUGCCAAUAGGUGGCACCAAAGGGUGCUUAUAUUCUUUCCACAGCCCACCGAGCCCAGCCCACAGAUAAUGACAAUGUCAUAGAUCACCUGUUCGUAAUUUCUCUUCUCAGCUAAUCCGACCUUUAACCCCAAACCAAAAAAAAAGGAGAUGUGAUCCGGGUGUUCUGCUGAAUAAAAGAAGCACAAUAUUCUUAUCUAUGAUGAGCAGCAGGAUAGAGACACUUGGGUAAAGGAGGAUAACUUAAUUUUAAAAAAUGUUGAUCAUUUAGCAGACACUCUUAUCCAGAGCAAUUUACAAGAGCAAUUAGGGUUAAGUGCCUUGCUCAAGGGCACAUCGACAUAGCUGAAAAAUAUUUGGCUUGGAUAUUCGAACCAGCGACCUUUAGGCUACUGGUCCAAUGCUCCUACUUGCUAGGAUACCUGCUGCCCUAUAUAAAACCAUGCAACCGACAGCUCAGAUUCAGAUAUGCACCUUUAUAAAGGCAAUGUGGUAAACACUGCAUAAUGUCGUCUCAAUCACAAAUUACUUUUAAAUGUUACAAGCGCUAUAACGUGAAUCUUUAAAUUGACAUCCUGUUCUAUGAAACUCAAAACAACUGAUUUUUUUUUUACAACAUCAUGUCUUUGUCCCAUACUUCCUGCUGUUGUCGUGGAGACGUAUGAAGGGAAUGUGAUCAGACUGGGAAUAUUUAGAUUUUUUUUUACAUUUUUAAAUUUAAAAUACAACAUGCGGUCAUUACUGCAAACAUUCUAUUAUGUUUUUGUACUGCGUAGUUUUCCAUGAAUUGAUAUGAAUUGAACCAUGAGACCAGCCAGAUUAAAUAUGAAAUCAGGUAUUGACCAUCCUCAGACCAAAACACUGGACUGGAUGAAUGGAUAAGUAUUGCUGGUAAAUCGACCUUCAUCCAUAGCAUCAAAUCUAUGCUGUCUUCUUGACUUUUUCCUGUUUUCCUGUCCAUGUCCAUCAUAAUUCAGUCAGGUAUAAAUCAAGUCACUGUAGCCUGUGAGCCAGUCUGUUUAGCCUGGGAGCCAGUCUGUUUAGCCCGGGAGCCAGUCUGUUUAGCCUGGGAGCCAGUCUGUUUAGCCCGGGAGCCAGUCUGUUUAGCCCGGGAGCCAGUCUGUUUAGCCUGGGAGCCAGUCUGUUGAGCCUGGGAGCCAGUCUGUUUAGCCUAGGAGCCAGUCUGUUUAGCCUAGGAGCCAGUCUGUUUAGCCCGGGAGCCAGUCUGUUUAGCCCGAGAGCCAGUCUGUUUAGCCUGGGAGCCAGUCUGUUUAGCCUGGGAGCCAGUCUGUUUAGCCUGGGAGCCAGUCUGUUGAGCCUGGGAGCCAGUCUGUUUAGCCCGGGAGCCAGUCUGUUUAGCCCGGGAGCCAGUCUGUUUAGCCUGGGAGCCAGUCUGUUUAGCCUGGGAGCCAGUCUGAUUCUGCUCUCCUGCCAACUCUUAAUGGAAUUGUCAUGCCAAACAUUUUCAUGUUCAGCCAAUGACAAGUCGGCAAAAUCAUAAACAGAUCUGGUACCAGGCUAAACUCAAUUUAAUCGACCCUGUCAACAUUCCCAUAAACCAUAGACAGCAAUACAUACAUUUCUGUUUAGUAUUUUCCUGAAAAUAUCCAAUAUUGCUUUCCAUGCUGUAUUCUCAUCUAUGCCUAGACACUUUUCUAAAAGAGAUAUUGUGCUAUACAGUAGCUACUAAAGCAAUCAAUCUUUGUUCAAGGACUUAAGAGAGGACCCCAUUCAGGUAAAAUAUAUAUAUAUAUAUAUAUAUGGUAUUGUGACAUACACCAGUUGCAACUAAAUUCUGUCUGGAUUUCUGUGAAACUGAACUAAAUUCAGUCUGGAUUUCCAGGCUAGGCUGAAUUUUAUUCUCUUUUAUUCCUCUUUUGCCAAAUGCUGCCAUGCUUGUCUCCAGACUAACUAAAAAUAGCUUUUCUGCUUCCUCCAUUUUGUAUUUACAACCAAGCUGCAUGACAACAACAAUCAAUUCAAACUUUUUUUGACAAAGCAAACCAAUAUUUCCCUCAGGUUAAAUGAUCAAUGGGAGUAGUUGUUUAAUUAUGUUAAUGUCCCUACUGUAGUUGAGCACAAUUUUUUUUUAUAUUUUUAAAUUGCACUUCUCUUGAAAAAUUCUAUGGAUUAUUACUGUGAAAGAUUCAGAGUUCCUUCAGUAGAACUUCUUGUGACGUGAUGCUUUCAACUUCUUGACCAAAUAGCUGUGAUAUGAGCAGCUUCCAGCGUGUGGUUUGUGUUACAUGUGACAUGUUGUGACACAGGCACACAACAGUUGUCUGUAUAAAUCAACAACGAUGACAUUUGACUUCAUAAUGGUGAUGAUGUCCAGUUGAACCCGUUUGUGAUGUGGUCCAGCUUCUCAGUGAUGGGUACUGAACAUUAAACACCAACACCUGUGUAAAGUCCUCUUGAAAGACAUGCGCAGUCGUUGACUACGUCGAAUCUAAACAUUUGAAUGGGAGUGAAGACUUGUUUUCUAACGGGCUUUCUCUGAGAAGGCACCUCUAUGUUAAUCAGACAAUACCAAAUGUUCUGUAAACACGAGAGGCUGGGAGGACGUCACAACAUCAGCAGGCUACAGAAUCCCACCAUGUCACAGAUACAUUAUCAGAGUGCUCAGCGUACCUCUAGUCUGACAUCAAUCACCGUCAACAGAUAUAAGUUGAUUACAUAACAUACAGCAUUGAGUCUAGUGUCCCACAUAGAACAGACGAGAGUCCCACGUAGAACAGACGAGAGUCCCACGUAGAACCGACGAGAGUCCCACGUAGAACAGACGAGAGUCCCACAUAGAACAGACGAGAGUCCCACGUAGAACAGACGAAAGUCCCACGUAGAACCGACGAGAGUCCCACGUAGAACCGACGAGAGUCCCACGUAGAACCGACGAGAGUCCCACGUAGAACAGACGAGAGUCCCACGUAGAACAGACGAGAGUCCCACGUAGAACAGACGAGAGUCCCACGUAGAACAGACGAGAGUCCCACGUAGAACAGACGAGAGUCCCACGUAGAACAGAAAUCAUGUGUAUUACAGAAAGGAAAAACAUACAGUACAUUCGUAAAGUAUUCAGACCCUUUGACUUUUUCAACAUUUUGUUACGUUACAGCCUUAUUCUAAAAUGGAUGAAAUAAAAAUAAAUCCUCAUCAAUCUACACGAAAUACUCCAAAGCAAAGCAAAGCAAAAACAGGUUUUUAGAAAUGUUUGCAAAUUUAUAAAAACAAAAAUGCCUUAUUUACAUAAGUAUUCAGACCCUUUGCUAUGAGACUUGAAAUUGAGCUCAGGUGCAUCCUGUUUCCGUUGAUCAUCCUUGAGAUGUUUCUACAACUUGAUUGGAGUCCACCUGUGGUAAAUUCAACUGAUUGGACAUGAUUUGGAAAGGCACACACCUGUCUAUAUAAGGUCCCAGAGUUGACAGUGCAUGUCAGAACAAAAACCAAGCCAUGAGGUCCAAGGAAUUGUCUGUAGAGCUAUAAGACAGGAUUGUGUCGAGGCACAGAUCUUGGGAAGGGUACCACAUUUGUAUUGCAGCAUUGAAGAUCCCCAACAACACAGUGUUUGGAAACACAAAGAUUCUUCCUAGAGCUGGCCGCCCGGCCAAACUGAGCAAUCGGGGGAGAAGGGCCUUGGUCAGGAAGGUGACCAAGAACCCAAUGGUCACUCUGACAGAGCUCCAGAGUUCCUCUGUGGAGAUAGGAGAAUCUUCCAGAAGGACAACCAUCUCUGCAGCACUACACCAAUCAGGCCUUUAUGGUAGAGUGGCCAGACAGAAGCCACUCCUCAGUAAAAAGUCACAUGACAGCCCGCUUGGAGUUUGCCAAAAGACUCUCAGAACAUGAGGAACAAGAUUCUCUGGUCUGAUGAAACCAAGACUGAACUCUUUGGCCUGAAUGCCAAGCGUCACGUCUGGAGGAAACCUGGCACCAUCCCUACAGUGAAGUAUGAUGGUGGCAACAUCAAGCUGUAGGGAUGUUUUUCAGAGGCAGGGACUGAGAGACUAGUCAGGAUAGAGGGAAGCUGAACAAAGCAAAGUACAGAGAGAUUAUUGAUGAAAACCUGCUCCAGAGCGCUCAAAACCUCAGACUCUAAGCACAUUAUAAUCCAUUUUAGAACGCUGUAUAGUUACAAAACGCGCAUUGUUGUAUGUUCUUUCCGCAAACUGUCAUAGACAUGAAGCACCCAGCUUCUAUCCAAUCAAAUCAACAUUGAACCACCCUGGUUAGACACUAUUGGCUCAAGAAGCCAAACGUAACACAAUAUCUGCCAAUUAAAAUAUUUUGUCUUUCCCGUUCACCCUCUGAAUGACACACAUACACAAUCCAUGUCUCAAUUAUCCCAAGGCUUAAAAAUCCUUCUUUAACCCGUCUCCUCCCCUUCAUCUACGCUGAUUGAUGUGGAGUUAACAAGUGACAUCAGUAAGGGAUCAUAGCUUUCACCUGGAGAUUCAACUGGUCAGUCUAUGUCAUGGAAAGAGCUUAAUGUUUUGUACACUCAGUGUAUAUAAUGAUUAUAUGUAUCAAUUGGGUGAUGAUUGUUUUAUAAACUCUGCCAUGAUGUGUUGUAGCUGUAGGCCUAACAGCACAAACAUCACUAGACCGACACAUUCCUCUCUUGCUAGAUGCAGAAUUAAAGGGGAAUUACACAAAAAAUACUCUAUUUUGCAAGGGGGGGGGGUUCCAGACUUCAAAAAUGAUGUUCUGAUGUGAUUGAAGCAUUGACAUGGACCCAGAUCUUCGUUGUAUCUCUAUGAAUCAUUGUAAUAUUGAUCAGAAGAAGAAAAAAAACUCCCAAACCAGGAAAAAUGAAAAUGGAGAAAACUGAAUUCAGGAAAAUACUAAAUAUAGUUUAAUAGGGUCCCCUCAUUGGAGUCGUUUAUUAACCAUGACUUUACCAGGUGUGUUGACAGAAAGCACAUCUGUUGUACACCAAGGACCCAGGGAAGAGUUGCAGGGGAGAUAUGAGAAGAAUGUGCCUAUUUUGAAAGCAAUAAAAAAAAAAGAGUAGCUUGCGAAAUGUUUAAUUUGUUUUAUUUUUUAAAGUAGCUCUCAUGUUAGAGAAGGUUCUAGACUGUUUUAUUAUGGCAAUGCAAUUUCCUCCCUUGUUUUCUUUCCUUGAGGUUGUAAAUUACAUUAUCCUCCUCAUAUCUACUUGGAUUAUUAUGGACCAUAAUGAGGAGGAAGCCAAGGGAACUGCUUUCAUUUCUAAAUUACUCUUUCGUUCAUUUUAGCAACAAGGACUGGAGGCAAAACAUGUAUUUGACCUACGAGGAGGAUAAAGAUGUCUCUUCAACUUCUACUUUUCUUCUUCUGUGGUUGUGACUAUGGACUUCUUCUUCUGUGGUUGUGACUAUGGACUUCUUCUUCUGUGGUUGUGACUAUGGACUUCUUCUUCUGUGGUUGUGACUAUGGACUUCUUCUUCUGUGGUUGUGACUAUGGACUUUUUGAUGGACUUUAUGAAUUGUUAUUUUGCAUAGCAAUGAAUGCACCCUGUAAAAAAAAGAUAUGAAGCUUUUUAUAUCUUUGUCAUUUUUUGGCCAUUUGUACUGCUUUUUAUCUGAUCUCACAUAACUUUCUGAAUUAUUCAUAUGAUUCAAAUGAAUUAUUCAUAUGAUUCAAAUGACAAAUAAAUGUUUCUUGUAUGAAU